GCCUUCAGAGGCGCGGAGGUUGACGAGGAAGAGGUCGCCAUGAUCCGAGAGGUAUUCUAUAGAGUACUCAAACUAGAAUACAGACAUAUGGUUGAAACGGGAGAGCUACCACGACACUCCAUGGCGCCGCUCCACUUAUCGCGGGCGGCCGACGUUGGUCUCGACAACACGCACAAACCAAUUCACGAUUACGAAGCUCUGAGGAAUCGGCCCCUGGGUAGCGGAACGAAGUUCGACAAGAAUAUCGACGAGGGCUUUAAGCGCCUUGACGCGUGCCUUUGCAACGAUUGCACGCUCGACAAACGGCUGCAUUACGCCUUGGCAUACCGACGCCACGAGGUGGCCUACCACGCGUCGCGAGGCUUAAUUGCGGCGCACCGGCGCGCACAACACCAACUUGCCGAGUUCUACGGUCACGCUCGACAGGCCGGCGACGAGCCCGAAACUGCGGCCGAGGCUCAAGUUGUGUACGAGUCAGCUUUGCAGUGCGCGACAGUGGAAAGAAACGUCGAGCGUAUCGCAUCUGGACUGGCUCGGAUUAUUGAUACGGAUGUUGUGGCGCACCACGUGUUAGAUGUCCAAGUACAGAGUGGAAAUCAACCCUCGAUGGCGUCCCCAUCGCGUUUGUCCCCAUCGCGUUUGACCACGAUAACUGACACGCAGGUCCAGCACGAGCUCGUCGCCGAGCUCGUGAACCGCGGCGUCCUCACCUCGAUGGGCGCCGAGGAGGUAUGCCACGAUCUCAUCGCGGACAAGCGCGCUUUGGCUUCUGAGCGCCGACGGAAACAGGCCGCCGUCGCAUUGCUCCACGUUGACCACGCCCGCGGUCGGGCAGUAGACCUCACCGCGAGCCAGCAACAGAUACUUUCUCUACGCAUGACGAACGCUUUCCGGUCCGCGUCGACCACCGUUCCCGAAGACGUCACAGUGGCGACGUCGUCGGCGGCGCCGUAG